AUGUGUUGUGCCGCCAUUGGUAUCAAGGACCCAAUCGAAGUCAUCGCAAACUUUGAACCAGACAAGGAGGACAUUGGUAUCAUGGUAUGUUCAGUAAUUGGAUGUAUUCCAGUUGUUGGACCAUUACUCCAAGGUGUCUUCACAAUGUAUUGGCGUCGCGCCAACCCUGAGGAAGAGAAGGUCACCAAGGCAGACUUGGAGAGAAGGUUGAAGGAGUUUAAAGAGGAGAUCCUCGUGUUGAUUGGUGAGAAGAUCAAAGAUAGUGAGAUCAAGCAGUGGAUCGAGCAAAGUGAGUCUCAACUCAAGGGUCUUGGUUCCUUUAUCGAGGAGUACAGAGAGGCAAUCUCUAUGUGGCAGCACAAGAUCUCUGAGAGGACUGAUUCCGACACUCAGAGCCUCUCCAACUUCCUAUUUUUCUCCAAGCUCCAUGAGAGUAUCAAAGAGUUGCGUCAUUACUGUAAGCAGAUGAUGGCAUUCGCUGGACAUCCCAACUAUGUCAAGUACGUCUACAAGUUCUUUAUCCAGGCAACCCUCCUUUACCAAAUGUCGGUGAUCAACACUGAUGCAUACUGGUAUCAGAUGAAGUUUGAUCAGAUAUACGUGACUGGAAAGCCUGCUUCUGGCCAGUUCUCGGCCGUACAGUCGUUCAGAGAGAAGCUGCACAAUCAUACUGUGGAGGCACUCAAGACUAUGGCCGAUGGAUGGAACAACUAUGAUAGACAUUCUGGCGAGUGUAAGGGUAUUGAGAAUGCCAACUUGAUCCUCAACAGUGAUCUCUACUACUAUCCCAUCCCUUUGAUCAUUGGUAACCAUCCCAAGCUCGCCAACUUGUUCACCAGUUCAGAGACACCAGUGAUUGAGCUACCCGACCAUCCCUACCCCUACAUCUACCGCGUGGACGGUGCAUCCAUGGGACCAGACCCACACGAACCUAAAGGCCGUCGUCUGACCCUCCCCAAGGACCCGAUCACUCAAUGUGAUGGAACCUUCUACUAUCGCAAGCCAUCGAUCACCAUCAAGUUGAAACGUGGUCGCAAGGUGCGUGUUCGUCUCUUUGGUCAAUACCAUCACACGGUCGGCAAGGUUGUUGUUUCAAAUGGUAUCAUCUUGCCGCCACCAGCCGAGUUGGAGCCAGUGCAAGAGGCCAUUGGAAUAGUUCCAUUGAUGGAGAUUGUUGAUCCCAUGUUGGGCGAGGUCAACACCAAGUGGACCAGUGGAUUCACUCAGACUGAGAAGUACAAUGUCAACGACACCAUGACCUUCACACUAUACACUCGUCCAUCAAAAGACUCCAAGUAUGUUGAUAGUGAUCGUAUCCCAGCUGAUGUAUUGGAUGAUUAUACAAAGGUAUUCUUCAUUGAGUUCAUCGUCUCGGAUAUUUAA